CGGAUUUUGGGCAUUAAUCGUUUUUUUGCUUCUGCCGCCCUCUUGUUGUAGCUCGGCGCUGGGUCACCCUCGCUUACAAAUCUACCUUCAAAAAUUAUUUCCAAAUUUGUGUCGAGUCAUCCAUAACCACACCAAAAUGUCGCAAACCUCCAUUCUUGACGGGAAGUCCCUCGAUAGCCUCAUUCUGGAUUUUGGUUGCCUCAAGGAUAUUCCAGAGCUCUCUUCUCCCAUCAAAUCGUUCCUCGAUGGCGAUUACAAAAAGGUGCUCGAGAGCCCCGCAUCGCAAAGCCUCUUUGAGAAGUUUGCACAGACUGUCGGACUCUCAAGAGAACGGCAAGAUGCAGCCAUUCAAGACGGAACACUCAGCAGUGAAGCCGACGCAGUCUUGGUCCUGAUCGCGGGUCUGGCUGCAUUCAAUGCGUUUCUGCAAAUAAAUGUCACGGGACCACCGUUGGACAUGAAAAAUGUCUUUGGCAAGAGAGACCAGGCAUUUCGAGACCAGUGUCUUAAGAGCUUAGAGCUGGACGGGAUUUCCGUGUAUCAACACAUCCCUUCCCUCGAGCUUUUUUGCUUUGCUCGAAUGGUCUUCAAUUUUUGUUUCCCAAGGAUUAUUCAGGGCAGCUUUAUCGACUCGAAAUGGAUGCGCAUCAGGAUCAAUUCAUAUCACCAGCGGUUACUGACCGGGGUUUCAUUUAGUCGCGUUCUGGAGACCAAUGCGCUACAGGAAGUCAUUGAGAAAGACUUGAAGGAGCUUGAAGAUGAGCUUUUUGCCCCCGCUUCAAUCUUCUCGACUGAGGCCAAGGUCCAGUUCCUUUUAGAAAAAGCGCAGAUUCAUAUCAUGCAAGGCCUCGAUAUCAAAGCAAUGGAAGACUUGAAAAAGGCGGAAACGACUUCGGAGUUCAACUAUGCUCUCUCUGGAGCCUUAGGAAAAAGAACAAAGUUCCAGCAAAACGAUAUCUCUCAGUUGGUUGUAUUUGCUAAAAGUAAGGAGGAUAGUGGCGAGUCGUUGAAUGGAAUAUCGAAGGCAGUGAAGGAGACCAGCUUGUCAAAUGAAGAUGGAAAUGUGCCCAAGGCAUUGCAGCUGAACGACGACACACUGCUUGAAUCCAUUGAUUAUGCCAAACCCACAUCCAAUAGAGUGGAUAAUCUGCCACCUUCAUUGGCUGGUAUGCUGCCUGACCAGCAACCACAACUCAAACCAUUGGACCAAAUCACUCUCCUUGCGGAAGCUACUCUGAAAGAUAACUUUCUACCCCCUGACAAAUUGAACAGCGAAGAAGUCCUUCCCUACGCCGUUCGUGUACUCUCUGAUAAGCCAACCAAUUGGCAAAUCUACACCCAGGCUCUUCUUGUUCGGAGUAGAAUUGAAUCUCAUCGUUCUAGAACCCAAGAGCGUAGUGUCCUCCAACUGCAAGUGAUAGUGGAUCAGAUUAUUGCAGACACGACUGAAGGGCCAGCAUCAUCUUCUGAUGGGGUCCCUGAAAUUCGGGUUACUCAAUUUCUACCACGGGCGAAAGCCACAGAAACAGCAUCCGUAACAGAACGUCUGCAAUAUAUCUUUCAACUCAAUACACCAACACGAUGGGAGCUUGAAACCGAGUUAGCAUUUGCUUGGUCUGGUGUCGGUUCUCUUGUUAGUGCUUUGGAGAUCUUCAAACGCCUCAAGUUAUGGGCUGAAGUCGCCUUAUGUUAUCACUCCGUUGGCCAAGAAGACAAAGCUCGUCAGAUUGUGCGGAGACAACUAUAUUUUUCAAGUAAAGGUCCAGAGAUAGAUGACUACGAUGUUGACGCCGAAGCCAUUGCAGCCGAGACCUGGGAUGGUGAAAUGCGCACUCCUCCUCCUCCGCACGCUCCCAGAUUGUGGUGUAUCCUUGGUGAUCUUAAUGCAGACCCAUCAUGUUGGGAGCGGGCAUGGGAGAUUUCGAAUCACCGAUAUGCACGAGCUCAACGUACACUUGGAGAAUACUGGUCUAAGACCGGAAACCUAGAAAAAGCCCGAGAAGCAUAUCUGGAAGCGACGAUUGUUAAUCGCCAAAACAAUGAUACCUGGUCCCGACUUGGAGACAUAGAUCUGCGAGUAGGAAAUUGGGAUGGAGCCAUCAUUGCAUUCCAACAAAGCAUCAUGAUCGAUGACACAGAAGCAAAAACAUAUUCCAAUCUCGGUUCCGCUUUGUUGUCCAAACACGCAGAACUCAAAUCUCUCGAGAAAGUCGCGGCUUCAGUUGGCGAAGAAUCAGCCGCCGUCCUUCAAGACGAAGAUGAUGAAAGUCCCGCUGUUCAAGCCCCGAAGAAAGAUGCAAAAGCCAUCUUGCGACAAUCCCUCAGUGCUUAUAAAAAAGCUGCCUCGCUUGCUUACUCCAAUUGGCAAAUCUGGGAUAAUGUCCUCACAAUUGCUACCAGAACCUCACCCCCUUCGUACCCAGAUAUUCUCCUCGCCCUGAGAAACGUGAUUCGAAUCCGGUCGCCCACAUUAGGCGAAGGCUCGAUCGACAUCUCCAUUCUUCGGGCCCUAGUCAACGAAGUAACAACCCUCGACCGAGUCAACCUUCUCGGCGAAGUCCAAAAAUCAGGCAUCUACGAGCCUCCUCGCGGAAGUCUCGCCCGAGCAGUCAUAAAAUUCUACACCACGGAAAUCGAGCCCCUCAUCACUGCCCAACCCGUUCUUUGGACCUUUGGUGAGAAACUCGCUCUUUUUACGCAUGAUUACGUGCGUGCACUUUCUUGUGCGGAGAAGGCUUGGAGGGUUUGCAGUCAAGCCUCUGAUGAAGCGUGGCUUUCUGAGAAGGAGAAGUUCAAGGAGGUGGUUGAGGUUACGGAUGGACUUGUUAGUGCGUAUGAGAAUUAUGGGGGGAGAGAACGAGAGGAUGGCGAGGGCGGAUUAGUGGAGAAAGGAUGGAAGAUGAAGGCACGAAGUGCUGUAAGGGGGAUCAUGGGGAAGGCGAGGGAUAGUUGGGAGGGGACGCCGGAGUGGGAGCAGCUGAAAGAUUUGUUGGAUGGACUAAAGUAA